UGGUCUCCCUGCAGCGAGCUCAGAGAGACAGACAGCUGAGAACAUCCGCUGGAGGAGCAGACAGACAGACUGCGGGAGAGUGUUACCGGGUGCAGGGAUACAGCUCCAGAACACACCGCUGAAAUGGGAGUCGAAAUCGAGACUAUAACCCCGGGCGACGGAAGGACUUUCCCCAAAAAAGGACAGACGUGUGUGGUGCAUUAUGUUGGCUCCCUGACAGACGGACGCAAGUUUGACUCAUCUCGUGAUAGGGACAAGCCUUUCAGGUUCAAGAUCGGCAAGCAGGAAGUGAUCCGAGGCUGGGAAGAGGGUGUAGUGCAGAUGAGUGUCGGACAAAGGGCCAAGCUGACCUGCUCACCUGACUACGCUUAUGGAAACAAAGGCCACCCAGGCAUCAUUCCUCCUAACGCCACCCUCAUCUUCGACGUUGAGCUGCUUGGUCUGGAAUGAAACAAAUUCACUGCCUAUGUUUUGUUUUGUGUGACUUCCUACCUUGUUGACCUGGAGAGAAGCUAGGAGGGUCUGCACAUGAUUCAUAUAAGAGGCUUGAGUCUAUAGUACCACUACUUAUUUCAUCAAACUAUGACAGUUUGUGUUAUUUUAUCUCUGUGACUGAGUGAAUUAUAUUUUUCCAUCAUAUUCUUCCUCCUUAAAACUAUGGGCCAUAACCUUACAAACCUCCACGUUCUGAAUCUUGAGUUUCUUUGAAAUGCUCUUUACUUUGUGUUUUUGAUGUGUUUGUUUAUGCAUGAUUUUGCUGAGAAGUACAAAAUACCAAUGAACCACUAGCAGUGACAUUCAUCUCUUAUGAAUCAAUGCGUAUUUAGUAUUAUGUUUGAGAGUUGGUGCUUUGUUGCAUUACAGAAAGAAUAAAGUGUACAAAAGAAAAUGAAAAAGCACACUUUUGUAUCCCCAUCCAGCUUAAAAUCCAAACAUAUGAUUUGAAACGAGUUUCAGUUAGAGAGAUAAGGCUUAGUGUUGUAUUUAGUGGCUACCUGUAGUGCAAUGUCAAGUCAUGGGGGGCCUUAAUGGUGCAACACAGGAACUGAGUUUGAUACCUAAAAUUUUCCUUUCUAUAUAGAACCGCUGUGUAUUCUUUUACAUUUAAAUUGUGAACCGAAGUGUGAGCUAGAGAGAGAUAAUUGGCACAAAGGAGAACCAAUAACAGAUAAAUAGUUCUAAAGCGUGCCUAAAUAUUCUCACCAGACACGUGGUUACUACCUUGCCCUGUCUGCAUGUUCUAGGCCCGAUGGAAACCCUAGUAUAUACAUGUUGAAAGCUUUGCAGCCGAUUUAAGUUAUCAUUGCCUUGUUAUCUUGCCAAGUCUUUAAACCCCAUUUAAAGCCAUACACAGGAUGAACAGUGCGAAGACGGGAUUUGCGUUGACGCACAUAAAUUGUUUCUUAGAAAAAAGGAGAAUGCUUGAUACUUACAAAUGUGGGUCGAGGACACAAUCAAUUUGUGACCUCCUCCAACCUUAUUUUGUGUAACAACUACAAUCAUGUAUUUUUCAGAUGCCAACUUUCUAUUUCAGAGACAACUCAACAAAACUAAUGUAUAACCUAUGACAAUAGAUAAGGUUUUUCUUUUUUUGUUUGUUUUGCGUGUGUCAGUAAAGUACCACACGGCCUAACUUAAGUCUGUGUUGUGUAGGAAAAAUAAAACAAUGACACACAGGCACCCUUGUGGUUUUGUAUCUCGAAUAAAUCAUUUUAAAUGGAGUUUAAAUGAAGGAAUAUGCUGGCCUGGCUGUCAGAUUUUGACUGUGGCUGUCGAUGUUACAUAUUGGUGAAGCUGCAACUGAUGUGGCAGCAGUCCACCUCUGUACUGUGUAGUUAUUUGCUGAUAUGUUACUGUAUGCAGGCUAAACCAAUGAUGACAUAUUUAAAAUAAAAGAAAUGCUCUCCA